UUUUUAUUGUUUGUUUAGUUUUUGUGUUGACGUGUCGUGUUUGUGUUUUCGUGUGCAGACGCUGCGUAAGAAAGGUUUAAACGGCUGCGACAGCCCCGACAUCGAGGCCGACGACUCUGCAGGCCAGAGCCCAGAGUCUGAGGACAAAUACCGAAAAAUCAACGAGGACAUCGACCUGAUGAUCAACAGACAGAGACUCUGUCAGGGUCUGCUCCCCUCCAACUACGACAUGGGCGUCUCCGUCCCCGGCAGUAACCCCGGCGGCCUGCUGUACUCUCACCCCGGGAUCAGCUGCGGUUUGGGGAACCACAACCUGCUGCCCGUCUCGCACACACACACGUCCCUGCAGAGGAGCAGCAUGUCCCCUCAGCGGCCCCCCAGCGCCGGAAACGCAGGUACCAGAGCAGACGGUCGGCCCCGAGAAGCAUUAAAAACUUCGUAAUCAGCCUUUACAUCGAUAUUUUCCUCCUUUGCUUCGAUCAUAACGAGAUAAAACUAAUUAAAUUAUGCAGAAAACUUUAUUGACUCGAUGUCCCCACAAUGUUUCACCUCAGGAGCAAAAUCUUUGAAC